GUAACGGUCAAACAAGAUGAUAUAGACUAUGUCCGCCGUCUCUAUGUGAACCCUGAUCAUCCGGUCUUCGAUUUGGUUCCCCGACCCCUCAACAACUUCAUUCAAGGCUGUUAUGAAGACCUAGGCCGUCCUCCAAUCACUCGCCAGUCCGUGUGGACGAUCUACUUAGAUUUGUAUGAUUCGAUGCAGCGCUCUGUGCAGGUGCCAGCCAUUGUCAGGUCUCUUACAGCGGGCACUGACCCAGACGAAGAGCCUUUGCCUCUCCUCGAAAACCAAAACGACCUUUUUUUUCAUGAGGAUACUGAUGGUGCUUACUAUAUGGGUGGCAUUCAUGGCGGACAAGGUCUAGAUGCAUCUGAUCAUCACCGGCUGGAUGAACUGGCUGAGUUGGACGAACCAGGCGCACACUUACUGCCUACAGCUCCAAUCAUAGAGGAGGAGGCAUUAGUUAUUGCAGGAUUCUCUGAUGAGGAGGACAAUGAUGAAACAUUUGAUUGGUGA